GAGUAUAAGAGGCUAGAAGUGCUUGCAUUUGAGAUGGAAAUGACCAUUGCUUCUCUGGAGGAGGAAUUACAGGUCACACGUGGAGAAAAAGAAGAGGCUAUUUUGAAAGCUGAAAGUUUGGCUUCCGAGUUACAUGCCUUAUCAGAAGAGUUAAACAUGACAAAUGUGGAACUGGCUGCAUUGAAGGAAGAAGUUACAUGCCUUGAAUCAAGUCUGGAGGAAUACAAGUCUCAAAAUCAGAAUUUGAAAGUAUCUGUUGAUAUGAUGAUUCAGGAAAAGGAAGAGUUGACAAUGCAACUCACUGAUGCCCUUUUGCUAACUGAGGAGGGGAAGGCAAUAUGGUCUGCAAAAGAAAAGGCUUCAAUUGUAGCCAUUGAAGAAAAGUCAAGAUUGUAUAAUGCUGAGAUUGCCUUGUUACUACAUGAAAUGUCAGCGGUUAAAAAGGAGCUGGACUUUUCUAGUAAGCAAUGCAAGUUCAUUGAGGACAGAUUGAUGCUUUCAGAGAAAGAUUUAGAGUUGGAGAAGAAAUACAGUGCAGAGAAAUCAUUGGAGAUUGAUAAGCUCAGAGAAGAUUUACUGACUUCUGAUGAUCAAAGUAAAAGGACUCAGGAGACUCUAAGUUUACAACUGGAAAAGCUUCAAAUGGAGUUAGUUAAGCUCAGGAAACAAAAAGAAGACCCGUUAGCUCAGUUGGGCGAGUUUGAUGCUAGGUCACUUCCUUCGAAAGAACUUCAGGUGGAGGAAUUGAGCGGGAGAUUGUCUAGUCUGGAAGCCAAAAUAAACAAGGAUGAAGUCAUCAACAACAAGGAAAAAGCAAAGCUCAGGAUGAGACUUCGGUAUACACAACUUAAACUGGAGGUGUGUCGAACUAGACACAAGGAGGCCUUGGAUGAGUUGGAUCUUAUGAACAAGAAGUAUGAAGCAGCAUCAACAAAAUUGAAGAAUCAAUUAGCUUCUUACGGGAUUGAAGUCCUGAACCUGAAGAAACAGCUUGCUGCUGUGAAGGAACACUGAAUGAUUCAGCUGUUCUGUUCUGUAGGAUGUUUUAGAUUGCUAAAACAUUGCUAGAAGUUGACAGUUUGAAUCAGAUUAGCUUUUUGUAUAGUGUGUAGGAAAAUUUUUUGAUUUAUCAGAUCAGAAUCAUAGGUUGUGCAUCUUUCACAACCUUAGAACUUCCUGCCCAUGUGUUAAGAGUAUUGGGUAAAAUAUCAUCACCUUCUGUUAUGAACUUCCACCUUUUUGAUU